AUGAAAGAUUGACUUCUCAAGAACUCACACAGAACAAAAGAAUUUGAGCUCUCUAGUCAAAAAGCUACUACAGAGAUUGAAAACAUGAGUUUUCACUCUAUCAUUUAUGAAAAAGAACCUACAGCUAAGAGGUAACUACAUGACAUACAAAGGCUUCAGGAACUUAGUAGUUUAACAGAUAGUAUUCAAAAAUUUGGUGAACAGUAAAAAAGACUGGUGGCUUCCAUGAAAGGAUUCAGUCAUAAGAAGGAAUCUAGUCAUAUAAAAAAAAAAUAAAAACAUAAGCAGAGCGCAAUAACAAGACUUAAAUGUUUAUUAAAAGAAAUGAAAAAGUCAGAAGCUCAAAAUGGUCCUUCAUCUCUCACAAGAAUUCAUAAAUCAUAACAGCCUGCCAUAUUCUGACAAUUCUAAAAUAUUAUGUUUGUACAUAAUACAACAGCAACAAAGCAGAAAAAAUGAAAGAAAUUCAUUUUUCAUCAGUUUAGUCAGAAUGUGUCUAGAGAAGUGAAUGAUAUGCUUCAACCAGGGAAAAGUUAAGUUUUUAAUGAAAACUUGCUCACAGAAAUUAAUAUCACUAAAGUACAACUAUCUGAAGUUGAAAAAAGACACAAAUUUAGUAAUUUGGAGAACCAGGUAAAAGAUUUAAAAGGCCUUUUUAUAUGGAUAUCAAUUUCAGUAGAGGAGCAAGGAAAAAGCAUAAUCAAUAUCGAAAAGGCAAUAAAUGAUACUCGGGAGAAUUGUGAGAACCAAAAAAAAAAAAAAAAAAAAGAGGAAUUCAGACUAGUUAUUGAGUACAAAAAAAGAAACCCCUUCAAGAUUUUGUUGUGGUGCUGUUCAUGUUGCACUUAACAAAAUAAGAAUCAUUUUCAGAAUUUUCUGACUACUAUACAAAAUGAGGUAUCCCAUAUUU